AUGAAAGAUGCCACCGAUACGACUACAACCAAUAAUAGGAACUGUGAAAAAUGUUCGAAGACGGAUUCCCUGGCCAACAUGGUCGGUUGCGACAUGUGUGAUAUCUGGAUGCACUUCCCGUGUGCUGGGGUGGAUAGCUCAAUCGGUGAUCCAGAUAGAAGCUGGCGCUGUGAUAAUUGUAAGGAGGAUAAAGCACCCUCGGAAGCAGCUAGUAAAAUCUCUAAAGACUCCGGCAAGAGCAGAAAAUCACGAAUUAUCGAGGAAAGUUUAGACUUGCUGGAAAAACAACGAAAAAUCCAAAUAAGAAGAGCAGCGGAAGAGGAUGAGUAUUUCCGAAAACGCUUCGAGCUACUGAAGAGAUUGGAAGACGCAGAAGAUGCUAAGAGUAUCAGAAGCGACGUUAGCGUAAAAACGAAAAGGGAUGAUGUGGAAAAUUGGCUUAAGAAUGUAGUUAUACCCGACAAUCCGCUAGGACACCCUAUUGGACAAAGUAGCCUAUUGCAACCGGUCCAAAAUGAGGUCCACGAUAAGCGAAGCGUUCAACCAAAACAAACUCCGAAAAAUUAUUUCUUACCAGCAAUCAUAGAGGAAAACGUGCCGGAACCGGGACCAUCAAAAGAAACAUCAAUUGGAAGAAAGCAAAUCUCCGUUGAAGAGCUAACCAAAGUUUUCGAAUCGUUGUUGAAUAAAGCUGGUAAAAGGGAGCAACAUGAUCUUGCUCAGGUAGAUAUACACAAAUCACACCCUGCGGGCAAGAAAGGAAUGACUCGAGGAGCCAUUAACCUACUCUCCGACGGACAAGCGUUAGAAGAAUUAACCGAAGAAGAGGAUGAGGAACCGGAGCCAAGUCCUAAACAGCUGGCAGCCCGCCAAGUGAUGCAAAAAGAUCUUCCAGCCUUUUCUGGGGACCCCCAGGACUGGCCCAUCUUUUAUAAUACUUUUAUUAAUACCACUAAAGCAUGCGGAUUCAGCCAUACAGAAAACUUGGCCCGGUUGCAAAGAUGCUUGAGCGGUCAAGCUUUGGAAGCCGUAAGAAGUCAACUAUAUCUACCAAAGUCAGUGCCCCGAAUUUUAGAGGUGCUGAAGAAAUUAUAUGGCCGACCGGAAAUAAUAAUAAACUCUUUGUUGAUGAAAGUUCGCACGACCCCCGCUCCGAAAGCAAACGACUUGAGAUCUAUUAUCAACUUUGGACUCUCCAUAACAAAUCUGAUAGAUCAUAUGAUUAUUGCCGACCAAACCGAUCAUUUGAAUAAUCCAGCAUUGCUUCAGGAAAUAGUUGGCAGACUGCCAACAAACCUCACAAUGAGCUGGGCCGAGUAUCAGUAUGGCUUGCCGAAGGUUAAUUUGACUACGCUCAAAAAUUUUAUGGAAGGUUUAGUCAACAUGGUUUCAGAUGUAACUUUGCCCAACAUGCAAAUGCAGCAAGCCAAACAUGAUAGGAGGGAGCCUAAAGAAAAACUAUUCACUCACGCAGAAGAUGAUACGUCAACUAACAACAAAGAAGACGUUCAAAGGAAAAGAUGUUGUUUAUUAUGCGUCGAUCAGUAUCAUCACCUCUCCGAGUGUCCCGAAUUCCAAGCGUUGGAUACUUCGAAGCGCCUGAAAAUAGUUCGACAAAGAAGCUUGUGCAGAAUAUGUCUGAAUUCACAUGGCAACUGGCCAUGCAGAUCCAAAAGAAGUUGUCAGAUCGAGAACUGCAGAUACCGUCAUCAUACAUUGUUGCAUAAUGUUUCUGAUUCUCCAACUUCAAAUAAUGAAGGAGAAAACAGAGCGCUCCAAAACCACCACAUGACCCCAACAAAGUUGAUUUUCAGAUACGUGCCCGUUACACUAUAUGGAAAUGGCAAUAGAAUCGAGAUAUACGCAUUUUUGGACGAUGGUUCGUCCUCAACUCUAGUGGAAGCAUCUGUAGUAACCAAACUCGGAGUAAGCGGUGUCCAUGAAUCACUUUGGUUGGGGUGGACAAGUGAAAUAAGCCGAGAAGAAAAGGCGUCGAAAAGGGUCAAUCUACAGAUAUCUGGAAGAAACAGUAAUAAGAAGUUCAAAAUCGAAAACGUACGCACAGUGGGUAAUUUAUGUCUACCAAGUCAAACUCUGGAUUAUCAGUAUUUAUGCAACGUACAUCCCUAUAUGUCCGGAUUACCGGUUGAAAGUUAUCAAAACGUCGUUCCCAAAAUGAUAAUUGGUAUCCAGCAUCUACAUCUGUUGACGAGCCUCAAGAUAAGAGAGGGGGGUACCGAGGGUCCGGUGGCCACAAAAACGAGAUUAGGAUGGUCAAUUUACGGUCGACAAGAAACGAAUAAUCCUGGAAAUACGCCAAUUCACGUCCACACCCAUAACGAGCUAAAAAACCGUGAACUGUUUGAUUUGAUGAAAACCUUCUUUAAAACGGAAGAAGCGCUAUGCUCCUUAACACUCCAAUCUAAAGACGACGAGAGAGCGCUAUCCAUCCUGCAGAAAACGACAUUGAUGACAGCGGAUGGUGGUUAUGAGUGUGGCCUCCUGUGGAAGCAAGACGAAUUUAUAAUGCCCGACAGUUAUAGUAUGGCGGUUAAGAGAUUUAAGUGCCUCGAAAGACGUUUAGAAAAGGACCCACCGCUUAAAAUCAAGGUAUGUGACCUCAUAGACGAAUAUAUUAAAAAGGGUUACGCUCAUCAAGCCAGUACUAACGAGUUGACCGACGUAGAUCCAAAUAAAACCUGGUAUCUGCCUUUGGGGGUUGUGACAAAUCCCAAAAAGCCGAAUAAAAUACGGCUGGUCUGGGACGCGGCGGCAAGAGUCAAAGACAUCUCUUUCAAUGAUCUUCUACUCAAAGGGCCAGACUACACCAACUCCCUACCUGCGAUAUUGAUACGGUUCAGACAGAGACAAAUAGCAAUAACCGCAGAUAUUCAUGAGAUGUUUCAUCGCAUAAGAAUUCGAGCACCGGAUAAUCAAUCCCAACGGUUCGUAUUUCGUAAACAUCCUUCUGAAAAUUUUCGCACAUACAUCAUGGACGUAGCAAUUUUUGGAGCCACGUGCUCCCCGUGCAUAGCACAACAUGUAAAAAAUGCAAAUGCCUCCAAAUUUUCCGAAACAUAUCCAAAAGCGGUAGAAGCCAUAGUGGAAGGUCACUACAUCGACGAUUGGUUGGAUUCCACAGAUACAGAAGAAGAAGCAAUACAACUUAUUCAAGAAGUAAGAGAGAUCCACGAAAUAGCGAAGUUCACCAUGCAUCACAUCUGUUCAAAUUCCGAGAAGGUACUGCGAGCAAUAGGAGUCGAGGUAGACGGAGAAGCAGUCAGAUCCUUGAAAAUUGAUCCUCAAAUUUCCGAAAGAGUGUUGGGGAUGCUCUGGCGUCCAACUGAGGAUGUAUUUUCUUUUGGAAGCUUUUCCAACCCUGCGCUUAACACGUUAAUCACUUCCAGAAGAAAACCCACCAAGCGCGAGGUGCUUAGUGUGAUAAUGUCGAUUUUCGAUCCUCUCGGUCUUAUAUCGCACUACGUUAUCCACGGAAAGAUUUUGCUGCAGGAUAUUUGGAAAAGCGGUGCCGAAUGGGACGACCACCUUACCGACGAACUUUAUGUGCGGUGGGUACAAUGGACCGAUAUCUUAGCUGAUCUGCAAUCCAUACGUAUUCCUCGAUACCUCUUCUACGGGAGUUCAACGGCGAUCCAUAGUGUACAGAUACAUACGUUUUCGGAUGCUAGUGAUUCCGCCUAUUGUAGUGCUGUGUACGUUCGUGGAGUUACACAAAACGGAAUACAGUGUAGCUUAGUGGCAUCGAAGACCAAAGUAGCACCACUCAAAACAUUAUCAAUCCCUCGGUUGGAGCUCCAAGCUGCAGUUCAAGGAACCAGACUUCAGGAAAACAUUUGCAAGGGAUAG